UAUAACUUACUCUACUCCACUGCCCUCUCUCUCUCCCUCUCUCUCUCUCUCUCUCUCUCUCUCUCUUCACAAUGCCACAACAUUAAUCCUCUCAUCAUCCACCUUCCAUCUAUGUGCAAUAUUCAGACAAGAGACCUGCUGUUUGGCCCAAAUUAAAAGUAGAGAUGAGAGGGCCGAGAAGAGAAUAGAUUACCAUAUCAGGGAUCUUGAAUUAUUGACAAUCCCAAGUGCAUUCUUCACUCAAAAUUUGUCUUCCUUGUAUCGUUCCUACAUUCAGUUUUCAGACAGCCAAACAGGUGAGAGGAAGGGAGAGAGCAGAUCUGUUUCAUUAUAGUGAUAAUAAAAACAGAGGAGUUUCCAGUUUUUCACUUUCCACAGUUCUUUUACCAAUAAAUGGCUGAGGUAUCUGUCAAGAGUUUCAUACCGGAGUCGUUCCCGGGGUACACGGUGAGCGUCUGGGGACAAUUUGGGCUUUUAUGGGAGCUCAUCAAGGCACCAGUGAUAGUCCCAUUGUUGAGGAUUUGCGUCUACAUAUGCCUGGCAAUGUCCAUCAUGGUGUUCAUGGAAAGGCUCUACAUGGGAGUGGUCAUCGUUCUUGUGAAGCUUUUCUGGAAAAAACCUGAGAAAAGAUACAAAUGGGAACCAAUGAAGGAUGAUGACCUGGAAAUUGGGAAUGGAGCUUUCCCUAGUGUGCUUGUUCAGAUCCCUAUGUUCAAUGAGAAAGAGGUGUACAAGAUCUCCAUUGGUGCAGCCUGCAAUCUCUCAUGGCCUGCAGAUAGGCUCGUGAUUCAAGUGCUGGAUGACUCCACAGACCUCGUCAUCAAGGACAUGGUCGAGAAGGAAUGCAUACGAUGGGCGAGCAAGGGAAUCAACAUUACGUACCAAAUCCGAGAAACCAGAGGAGGAUACAAAGCCGGCGCGCUGAAAGAAGGGCUGAAGCACGACUACGUCAAGGAAUGUGAGUACGUCGUCAUCUUCGACGCCGACUUCCGCCCCGAGCCGGACUUCCUCCGCCGCGCCGUCCCGUUCCUCAUCCACAACCCGGACAUUGCCCUCGUGCAAGCUCGCUGGAGGUUCGUGAAUUCUGACGAAUGUAUGCUGACAAGGAUGCAAGAAAUGUCACUGGAUUACCAUUUUACUGUGGAGCAAGAAGUGGGAUCAGCCACCCAUGCCUUCUUUGGCUUCAAUGGAACCGGAGGAAUAUGGAGAAUAGGGGCCAUAAACGAAGCAGGAGGGUGGAAAGACAGGACGACAGUAGAAGACAUGGAUCUUGCUGUUCGAGCUGGCCUCAAGGGCUGGAAAUUCCUCUAUCUCGGCGAUCUUCACGUGAAGAGCGAACUUCCGAGCACAUUCAAAGCCUUCCGAUUCCAGCAGCACCGCUGGUCGUGUGGCCCGGCAAAUCUGUUCCGCAAGAUGAUGAUGGACAUUGCCUUCAACAAGAAGGUGACGCUAUACAAGAAAUUUUACGUUAUAUACAGCUUCUUCUUCGUCCGUAAGCUCAUAGCCCAUAUGUUCACCUUCUUCUUCUACUGUGUCGUUCUGCCACUGACGAUCCUCGUCCCCGAAGUUUAUGUCCCUAAAUGGGGGGCCAUUUACAUCCCAUGCAUCAUUACAACUCUUAAUUCAGUCGGGACUCCGAGAUCGUUCCAUCUACUAUUCUAUUGGGUCUUGUUUGAGAAUGUGAUGUCCUUCCACCGCACAAAGGCUACAAUCAUCGGCUUGCUCGAGGCCAAGCGCGUCAAUGAGUGGGUUGUCACCGAAAAGCUAGGGGAUGCGCUAAAGAAUAAGUCGAACAAAUCCUCGACGAUGUCGAAAAAAUCCCUUACCAAGAUUAUUGGAGACAGGAUAAAUUUACAAGAGCUUGGAUUUGCAUUAUUCCUCUUCGUGUGUGGAUGUUAUGACUUCAUGUACGGAAAGAACAACUACUUUGUGUAUCUAUUUCUUCAAGUCAUAACUUUUACGAUCGCGGGAUUUGGUUACGUGGGCACCAUUGUCCCAACCUCUUAAUAAUCGGUGAGAGAACGAGCGAGGAACUCGACCGGCGACGGAGACGAGUUUAGUGUUGUUGUGAUGUAUUUUGUACGUAUAAACGAGAGUACGUGUACACAAGAUUGAUUGCUUCUGAUUGAUUCAUCUCAUUUGAUUGUUUAUUUGAAAAAAUAAAUAAAAAGCAAAAAAUAGGGAGAUAUUUUGUUUCUUAUAGAAUUUGGGAGAAAAGGGAUGUUUAAAUAGUCUAUAGGUAGAAAAGUCAUGAAAAUUACAUAUUGUAUUUUUAUUUUUAUUUUUGGGGUUGUGACAUUUUGGUUUUAUUUCUCAUUGAUGAGUGAAUUUGUUUU